AGGGUGUGCACAUCAUUAUCUAUCUCCGGUAAUUAACAUAAUAUUCUGUCUUAAAUUGUAUCGUUUAUUUACAUAUUAGGGUACCUGAGGAUUGAUUAGAAACGCUGUUUGGACGAAGUGUAUUGGUAACCUUUGGGAUUCAUUUGUAUGCAUUUUGAACAAAAGAAACAGGUGGCUUACUGAAUCAAGCGCACCAACUAAACUGACUUUAUUGGGAUAUAAAGGACUUUAUCAAACAUAAGUUCCAUUUGUUAUGUAGCUAGGACCCUCGGGAUUGCAAAAAGAGGAACAUCUUCAAAAGUGCUCUUGCAAGCUGGAAUUCGUGAACGAGCAAAACGAAGCCACUCCUCUGGUACUGUAAACAUAUGUCACAUGACUGCAGGCGGACGCGGACUCAAAGUAAUCUUAGUACAAGAUGGCAGCGCUGUCGGGAGGAGGCGACUCAGUUUCAUCUACGAGCGGGUUCUUCGCCAUGCUGAUAGCAGUACUCAGUUGUCAGUGUCACGGACCCAGUUGGGCGGGAGUGAGCUGUGUGACCCCAACCACAAGAAACUGGCCCUGUGCCUGCAGCAGAUUGGAGAUGAGCUGGAUGGCAAUACACAACUCCAAAGUAUGUUAAAUGAUACUGCACUCCAGCCCAGCCAUGAUGUUUUUAUGAGAGUGGCCCGUGAGAUCUUCUCUGAUGGAAAGUUCAACUGGGGCAGGGUGGUGGCACUUUUCUACUUUGCCUGUCGGCUGGUCAUCAAGGCUCUGUUGACCAAGGUCCCCGACAUCAUCAGAACCAUUAUCAGCUGGGCUACAGACUACCUGCGAGAUCAUGUGAUCAACUGGAUUAGGGAUCAGGGUGGCUGGGAGGGAAUCCGUUCCUACUUUGGCACUCCCACCUGGCAGACCGUGGGGGUGUUCCUCGCUGGAGUUCUUACUACUGUGCUGGUCAUCCGCAAGAUGUGAGGGGAAGGAGAGCCUAAGAGAAGAAAGGACAAAGAGGGGGGGACAUAAGACUGGGGGGGAAACUGGGUAGUAGAGGUAGACAUGUGGGGGUAAAUGGGAACUUUCGGGGGAAGGAAAAGGUGAGGAAAAAUAGUUUGGGAUGGAAAAGCAGCAACGUUUGGACCACUCCUCUUUCCCACCCUCCAUCCAUCAAUGGCAAAGGAUUGAGUCAGAUUCAAGGUUUUUCUUGCCUCUGUUCCCUACGCUGAAAUAUGUGAGCAGCUCUUGACCGCACACACAGGAGAGAAGGAUGGAAAGAGAUGUGUAGAGACUCGGCCAGGGCACAUCUUUUAAUUAAUUUAUUUUUUUAUUUCUUGCAAACAAACAAGUCGCUGCAUGACAUUUUGUUGCUUAAGUCUAAUGGCACCCCCCCCCAUGUCAGCCAUGAGAAACUCCUAUGCUUUCCUCCUGUGCUUUAUUUCUGUUGCACUUUUCUUCCAUUGAGUCUCUCCAUUUUCCUAUCUGAUCAUUCUCCCUCCCUCUCUUCAUGGUAUCUCUUUGCUGGAGUAUGCAUUUUGGGGUGUGUGUCUGUGAUUAUUUACGCGUGAUCAUAGGAUCAACAGAUGUUCCAAGUACGUGUGUGUGCAUGCGCGCAUUUCUACUGCAGACACACAGCACUGUCCUUCUCUCACAGAUGUUUACCUCUCUCUCAGCAUAGUGUUCAAAGUACUGUAUUCUAUGGUGGGCUAUUUAAAAGCAGACCAUACCAUAAUCCUUCACAAUCAAAUGCUCUUUUUAUACACCUUGUUAAUGUGUUCAAAUAAGGAAACUUUCUUAUUUCUUUUAAGUUGUCAGUGCCUUGGUCCUUUUUUCUUCUUUUCUACAAUAAAUUGCUUUGAUAUUCACCUUUUUUCACUUUU